CAAAAAAGCUCGGCGCGCAGCGGCUAAUUCGUAACAGAGGCUGCCUCCCCGGCUCGGCUUGCAGCUCCGCGGGCGGCACAACACGAGACUCGCCAGACGCCAUCGCUGCGAGGCUGCCCAGCCGGCCAAAAAAAAGGCAGCAUGGCAGCACAAGCGGCCGACGCCAACGAGCAAAACGACCAGCUCCGCAAAGCGGUAGAGCAGGCCCUCGCCGCGUCCUUCGUCGCGAGGAGAGCCAAGGCCGACGUGGCGAAGGACCUACUGAACAAGGACCGGCCGCCGACGGCCGACGACAUAAGGCAAGCGCUCGAGGACGGGGGCUGGGCGAAGGAAUUAAGGAUCAAGGUCCACGAGCUCCACAAGCAGGCUACUACGGAAAAGAUUCUCGGGAAGGACUCUCUAGCUUCCGUGCAGAAAGCCAGAAAACAGUGGGAGGCGUCGAUCAAUGAUGAGUUGCGGGCCAUCGCGUCGGAGAGGCGAGUACCGUUAGUGAGAAAAAGGAAGAAAAUUGUCAUAAAAAAAAAGGAGGAAGAGACCGACGAAUUAAUAGAAAUGAAGGUCGAGGAGAUCCUGUCGCCGACCCUUGUGACGCCUGGUACGCGGUUCUUGUUCGACAGUGAUGAUCUGUUGGACGCGAUAUCACAUAUAGAAUCACCAAGUAACAACGAGGGCUGGGGCCUCGUCAAACUACAACUCAGAACAGCGACACUCACAGAACUCCGUGACAAGUACAAGGAGCUCCACCCCUCAAAAAGGCAGUAUGGUGUGGAUGACGUCACAGGCGAUCCAAGGGAUAAAGCGAAGUUCGCGGACGCCUGGCAUGAGUUAGGAGAGAAAUGUCUCGCUGAAGGACAUAUACCACUCGCGAGGACGUAUGCGAGACGAGGCGUGCCUCCGUCCCUACGGCCGGCCGUCUACCGUUCUCUGUUAGGCCUACCACACAUGGAGGAUGCCCAGGCGACGUCAGCCUUCGAGGAGAGGUACUACGAAGAUCUGAGGGACAGAGUAGAUUCAAUAGAACUGGUCACAGACGAAUUGUAUCAAAUGGACGUCCAACACGUGGCUGACGACGAUACCUACUUUAUAUUUGACGAGAUGCUCGGCAAUUGUGUGUUAGCGUUUUCUAGGGAUUCUUGGGUGCCCAAGAACUGUGUCGUGAAGACGCACGCACCACUCCCAUGCGAGAACGACCUGAUGAAGGGGCAGCCGGUGCCGCCGUGCGGCGUCCAGCCCUUUCGAGGGUUUGUGUCGUAUGCAGCACCUUUGACCUUCGUGUUCGGCCGAGAAACAUCGCUCUAUUUCGCGUUUCGAGCCUUCUACGCCCAGCACUUUUGCCGACUGAACGUCUUGCGGACGAAUCAAAAUACGCUGCUCCCGCUCUGUGCGUUGUUCGAACGAUUGGUGAUCGAGCACCACCCUCGGUUAUUCUUCUACUUGGUCCAGGUCGGCGUGGACCCGUUGGCCAUCGCUCUACCUUGGAUACAAUUUGGGUUCGUCGGCCUGCUAGACGUCGAGCAAGUAUUACUACUGUGGGACCGGUUGUUGGGAUUCGAGGAUUUGGCCUUGUUGUCGGUGCUAGCGGCGGCGAUCUUCGUUUAUAGGAGCGAGAAGCUGCUCCAGUGCUCUUCAUUGGAAGAAGCUAGGGAGAUGUUCGCGGACGGCGCGGUCCUCGAGGUCGUGCCGCUGCUGCAGACGUUCCUGUGGCCCGAGGGGUUGUAACUUAUCACGUCUAG